AUGUCGACACCGCCGGCGGCUGCGACAAGCCCAAAGAGCGAAAAGAGUCCUGCCAAGAAUACGGGCAAAAGUCCCUCAAAGAGCCCCUCAAAAAGCCCCCCUCAGCAUGCGCAGGUGAAUGUUGGGGAUACCGGCAUUCUGGAACCUACGCAUUGGCAGCAGCUUGCCGAGGAAGAGAACGCAGACGACGAUGCUCAUUCGCUGAGCGAAGAAAGUCUUGCGUCCUCAACAGAUUCAGUGAGCUCUAGUAUUUUUGAAUACCGCAAGCUUCAUGGGAGGACGUAUCAUCGGGAAAUUGGCAGUUCACAGUAUUGCCACCAUUGUUUGACGCUGGGUAUUGGAGGAAAGACGCAUCUGGCGCCUCUUGACACUGAGAAAAUCACAAAAGCGCUUGAUAUUGGAACGGGUACCGGUAUCUGGGCUUUAGAUUUUGCGGACGAGUAUCCCAACGUUGAGGUUAUCGGCACCGAUGUAUCGCCAAUCCAACCCUCCUGGGUGCCACCGAACUUGAAAUUCGAGAUCGAAGACUGUACCCAAGAGUGGACAUUUGCACCCGACUCAGCUGACUACAUCCACAUCCGCUGGCUCAUCGGCAGUAUCCCCGAUUGGUACAAGUUCUUCCGCGAGGCCUACAAGACCUGCAAGCCAGGUGGUUGGGUCGAGAGUUUCGAACCUUCAGGCAUCAUCACCAGCGAUGACGAUACGGUAAAGGAGAGCUCUGCGCUGGGCCAGUGGGGUAAGCUGUUCAUUGAGGGAGCCAAGAAGCUAGGCGUGAGCUUUAGCGUGUAUGAAGAAGAGCUGCAGCGGAAAGCCAUGGAAGCUGCUGGCUUUGUUAAUAUCCAGCAAUUCGAGUACAAGGUAAAGAACCCGUAUGUGAACUCGCGAACAAUGACUGAUGACAACCAACUGCAGACCCCAAUUGGCGGCUGGCCCAAGGAUCCAGCGCUGAAAGAGCUCGGCCAGUUCGGCAAGCUUGCGUUCCUUGCCGAUCCCGAAGGCUUUGUGCUUUUUGUAGCUAACACGAUCGGCUGGACGGAGUCGGAAAUUCAUGUCUUUCUUGCGCAUGCUCGGAGGGAGAUUCACUCGGGCAAGCAUCAUCCUUACUACAAGCAGCGAGUUGUUUGGGGCCGUAAGCCUGAAGAGUAA